GGGGCCAUCUUUGAUAAGGGGCUAAUUGAAUAACAAUUAGACAAACAUUGGAAUUUGCACUGCCAUGAACCACAGGGCAGCACCUGCAAACAUUUCCAGCUGUUGGUCAAUACGGCGGCGUGUCGUGGAUUGAUAUUCGAGCAAAGGAAAUAAAUCGGCAUAUUCACGAUGGCGGACCCGGGCGCAAAUAAUAGCCGUCUCCCACCUUUAAGCACACCGCGAAACAUCGCAACCCCGAACCGCCGCGGCAUCAGCGCUGAACCCUCUUCGAAUCUACGGCUAUCCGCCUCAGCCCGUCGAAAUAAUCCCCAUACACCACAUGCCCGCGCUGCUAUUCGAGCUUUUGACCAGCGGCGCGCAGCUGUCUUCACACCAGGCCGCGUUGGACGUCGGCGCAGUCUCGCCCGUGAGCGCGAACGCGAAACACCACGAGAUCUGCUCCGGAACCUUAGUCGGGUCCUAGCUCCAACAUCAACAGCAGUCUCCUCGUCCUCGUCAUCUCCCCCACCUAAUAAUGAUUCGACGCUACAGACUCUCCUAGAGGAAGGCGAUGAUGACGAUGACUUCCCUAUUGAGAGGCCUCGUUUUUCGCUUCCCUUGGACCGCGAUGAUGAUGAUGACGAUAGUGAAUUGAAGCCGCCCCGAUCGAGUAUAUUGGAUGAUGAAAACUACACUGUCCAGUCUAUCGAAUUACCUCGUCGAGCAUGGACCGAAGCACCGUUGAGUCGCUUGGAUAGAGGUAGUCUUGGGAGCGUACGAAUGAGUGAUUUCAUUGGGCCGGAAAUAGAGGAUGGUACUGUUAAUAAUGACGUGGGCAUCGAUUCUGGCUUCUUUCCACCGCCGGCAUUGGACGACGAUACCGGAGAUGUAGGCUUGGAUGAAAAUGCUAUCUUUGAACGUGUGGACGAAGAGACGAGACGUCAAACUAUGGGCGGACAGGACGAUUUCGGUCCGAUCCAGAUACCCGAACUUGGUAACGAGAGCACUUUCGUUAUGGCUCCAGUAGAGUCACCUACGCGAGAACCAACAAUGACAGAAGGCAUUGAAGCCGAGGAACAGCCGCAGGUUGAGGACUUCGACGACGAUGAUAAUAUAGGAGAGCCGUUUGAUUUUCCCGGGCUUGAGGAUGGCGACGGCGAUAGUAAUAAUGGCGAGUUACUUGAGACAUUCAUCUCUCAAACCCAGACCGCCGAUCUCCCACAGAGGAGUUCAGCGAGGAGGAAAGUUGGCAAGAAGGUAUCGCGGCAUGGUAUCGAGUAUCCUUCUUUACCACAAGGCGUGGUAAAACGAUUAGCAAUGACCCUUGCAAAGACAGCUGGAGUGAGCAAGGCGAAGAUCAGUGCAGAUACACUGGAUGCGAUUAUGCAAGCGACAGACUGGUUCUUUGAGCAACUAGGAGACGACUUAUCGGCCUAUGCACAACACGCCGGCCGAAAGACGAUAGACGAGAGUGAUAUGAUGAUGCUUAUGCGAAGACAACGGCAGACUAACACAUCGACAACACCAUUUUCCCUGGCGCAACGACAUCUACCGAGAGAACUCCUUCAGGAGUUGCGCAUGUCGGUCCCUCCGCCGACAAAAGUUCCUCGAAAGAAACAGCCACGUCAUGCGGACGUGGAGGAGGAUGAAGUAACAUGAGCCCGGAACAUAUUACGGCUUUUGAUAAAGGAAUACAAAGCGUGUAUUCACGAGGAGGUCUAUGACCAUUCCUUAUUCAUCCGUACCCUUCGCGAGAUAUCUGUAGGGGGUUUCUUGACUACCAUAUAGAACAUUAUCGACGUCGCUACCGCGAGUCCAUACCUAGGAUAUUGUCA